AUGGAAAACCCAAUGUCAUCCCUGCUCGACACCAUGUGGCAGGCCGUGUCUGACUGUAUGCGGUAUCUGGUGCAGUCGCCGACUUUCUGGUUUUGGACCGCUAUCAUCCUAUGGCUCCAUCGCUAUAUUCGACUCAUUGUUCAUUGCUUCAGCCAUUGGACGUACAAAUCGAAACCAAUUCCUGAGAAGCCGUCGUACACAGCCGAGGAUGUGACCGUGGUCAUCCCCACUAUCCACAAUUGCUUUGAAGAAUUGAAACCCUCUCUGGAAAGCAUUCUUGCCUGCAAGCCCCACGAGCUCAUUUUGGUAACGACCUUCGACAAGCAAGAUAGCUUGGAGAAGCUAGUCAGAACCCUGUCAACGCGCAAUAUCCGUGUCUUGUGCAGCAGCAUCGCCAACAAGCGCCUGCAAGUAUGCGAAGCCCUUCCUCAGGUCAAGACUCGCCUCAUUAUCAUGGCAGAUGACGAUGUUACCUGGCCCUCGACUUUGAUGCCUUGGAUCCUGGCUCCCUUUGAAGAUGAAAAGAUUGGUGGCGUUGGUACUUGCCAACGUGUCCGCAGAGAACGCGACGGCUCGUGGAUCCAGCAAAGCUGGAACUGGCUUGGUGCAGCUUACAUUGAGCGACGCAAUUUUGAAAUCUCGGCCACCCACAAAAUGGAUGGAGGAACCUCUUGCAUGUCUGGCCGCACUGGCGCCUACAGAGCCGAGAUUCUACAGAGCCAAGCAUUCUUGGAUGGAUUCAAGAACGAAAGAUGGCAAAAGUACACCCUUAACGCCGAUGAUGACAACUUUGUGACCCGAUGGCUCGUGAGCCACCAGUGGAAAACCUGGAUUCAGUACGAAGACGAGUGUGAGAUUGAGACCACUUUGGAGACUGGCAUGAAGUUUCUCUACCAGUGCUCCCGAUGGGCACGCAGCAACUGGAGAAGCAACUAUACCAGCCUGUUCAAGGAGUGCUACGUCAUCUGGCAACAACCGUGGUGCACUUACGCCCUGCACAUUGCGACCUUUACCUCCCUGGCGUUCGUCUUUGAUGUGCUGAUCCCUCUUGCCAUGUGGUGGGGCAGCGAGGGGUGGGAACACGACACGCGCGUUGCCAUUUUGGUCUCGCAGCUGGUGUGGAUGUUUGGCUUCACCAAAUGGGUCAAGCUUCUGGGUUUGUUCAGACGCCACCCCAAAGACCUCGUCUUCCUUCCGGUGUCCAUUAUCUUCGGAUACUAUCAUGGUCUGAUCAAGUUGUACGCCCUUUUUACAUUGAACCAGACUUCAUGGGGUAGCCGACCAGAUGGUGAUCUCAACGAUGCUCUGCGUAUGUCGCCUCGUCCGACGCCAAACGAGAGCCUCAUUACACCCGCAGCACGCGCCGACGACUUCGAGCAUUUAUACCGUCGCGUAAAGACUCCUCGUGCCAUGGCAGAGAAGGCCUUGUAUGCCGCCGCGUACCAUCACGACUACCCACCGAUAGCCGCUGUUGCAAGCUUUCCAAAUGGCUCACAUUUCGUACAACAACCCUCCGAAUCGUAG